AUGUAUCUUCUUUUCAUUGUUUUUGUGAUUUUCCUAGUUAGUGUUCUGAAAUUCGUAUACUCAUUCAUAUGGGUCCCAUGGAAAAUUGAAAAUCACUUCCGAAAUCAAGGCAUUAGAGGCCCUGGCUACCGUCUGAUCUUCGGGAACACAGCUGAGACCAAACAGUUGUAUGCUAACGCUGUAUCAAAGCCAAUUUCGUUUGACCACCAUGAUGUCCUUCAUCGUGUGAUUCCUUUUUACUACAGGUGGUCUGUCAUGUACGGGAAAACUUUCCUGCACUGGUUCGGGUCAAAACCAAGGCUGGCGAUAUCCGACCCGAACAUGAUUAAGGAAGUUCUUGCCAACUCAGAUGGAUCUUUUGAAAAGUUGAGGCUGAACCCAGUGGCUAAGCUGCUCUUUGGGAAAGGACUUGUUGUGCUUAGUGGUCAAGAAUGGGCUAUCCAUAGAAGGAUUGCAAACCGGGCCUUUAACAUGGAACGGGUUAAGAGUUGGGUACCAGAAAUUGUGAAUAGUACUGCAAAUAUGCUCAAUAAGUGGGACAACAAUAGAGGAGGGAUGGACGAGUUUGAAAUGGAUAUGCACAAAGAGAUUCAUGAAUUGUCAGCAGAUAUCAUAUCAAGAACAGCUUUUGGAAGCAGCUAUGAAGAGGGAAAGCGCAUUUUCAGCUUACAAGAGCAGCAAAUACAUCUUUUCCUUCAGACAUUCACAAGUUUAUACAUUCCUGGGUUUAGGUUUUUGCCUACUAAGAUGAACAGAGAAAGGUGGAGACUAGAUAAGGAAACUCGUGACUCUAUAAGGAUGUUGAUUGAGACAAACAAAAAUGCAAGUGAAGAUUCUAGAAAUUUGCUUGGUCUAUUUUUGUCUUCUUAUAAGAAUCAAGAUGGUGAAGAAGAAAAAUUAGGAAUUGAGGAAAUCAUAGAUGAAUGCAAGACCUUUUACUUAGUGGGAAAGGAAACAACUGCAAACCUUAUAACUUGGGCAAUUCUACUUUUAGCAUUGCAUCAGGAAUGGCAAAGCAGGGCAAGGGAAGAAGUGGCUCACAUCUUCGAUGACAAUGGAUUUCUAGUUGCAGAAAAAUUAAAUGACCUUAAAAUUAUGAGUAUGAUAAUCAAUGAAACACUUCGAUUAUAUCCUUCGGUUGUGUUAUUGUUGAGGCAAACAAGUAAGAGGGUUAAACUAGGGAAUCUUGACAUUCCUAUUGACACGCAGCUUCAUUUGGCCUUGAUUGCUGCUCAUCAUGACACUCAGAUAUGGGGAAAAGAUGCUAAUGAGUUUAACCCAUUUAGAUUUUUGGAGCCUCGAAAGCAUUUAGCUUCUUUCUGUCCAUUUGGUUUGGGUCACAGAAUCUGUGUAGGCCAAAAUCUAGCUUUGUUUGAGGCCAAAAUUGUAUUAGCCAUGAUAAUUCAACGUUUCUCCUUUGUUGUAUCUCCAACCUACGUUCAUGCCCCAAUGUUGCUUUUAACCUUGCAGCCUCAAUUUGGUGCGCAAAUACUCCUAAGGAGGAGAAUUUCAAGUUGAACAUUUGUUUGAG